AUGGCCAGAUCAAGAUCACCCGGAAGAUCUUCUAGGGAUUAUGGCCGUUUGUCUAGGGAUGCUUAUUCUUCUCGAAAUUAUAGGGACCGUGAAAGAGAACGUGAUAGAGACUACGACCGUGAUCGAGAAAGACCCUCACGCUAUGAUAGGUACUCAAACGACAGAGAUUACUAUAGAGACCGGGAUUAUGACCGGGAUUACUACAGAGACCGUGAUAGAGGCCGUGAUCGUGAUCGUGACCGUGACAGUGACCGAGAUCGAGGACGAGAUCGGGAGCGAGAACGGGAACGGAAUAAAGAACAUCCCCGAGAUUAUGCUAACUCAUCUCGGAUAUCACGCUCAAAAAGCCCUCCUAACUCGGUCCUUCUUCCGGUUACUAACUCACCAGCUCCUCCUUCUUCUCUUCCUUCAAUACCCCCGACUCCUUCAUCUAAUUCUAUACCAGUUUCUUCCACGCCACCCGCAACUUCGCCAUCAGUUGCUAGCGGUGGAUCUACUCCAGACUCUUCUACUCAAAAACUAGCUGUUGCCGAAGAAAAAAAACGUCAAAGAAUGGAGCGUUUGGCUCAAUGGAAGGCCCAAAAGGCAAAAGAACAAAAGUUAAAGGAAAGUACACCUGAAAACACAUUGGAAACUCCCUCUGCCGUCUCUUCUGUUCCUAACUCUUCUUUUAAUUCACCUGGUCCCCAAACUUCUUCUUCUUCUUCUUCGUCUAAGGAAAGUAUAAAGAAACAAGGCAUAUCAAAAAUGUUUAACGAUUCUGACUCUUCUAAUGUUUUUGAAAAACGAAAAAUUAAUGUGUUAUCACUAAACAAAAUAUCAAAACCUGUCAUGAAACCAAAAAUAGAUUUCGACAAGCCAAAAGAAGCCCCACCCAAAUCUAUAAAGGACGAAGAUGAUGACGUUGAUCCAUUAGACGCUUUUAUGAGCACAAUACAAGAAGAUAAAACAUCCGUCUCUUCACUUCCAACAUCUGUAAUGGAUGAUGAACUCAACGAUGAUGGAGACCCGGCUACAGGUGAUGCUGACGAAGAAAUGGUAAAUCCAGAAGACAUUUUGGCUCAACUAGAAAAGAAAAAGAGAAAAGAUAUACCCACAGUUGAUCAUUCUAAAAUUAAUUAUGAACCAUUCCGGAAACAAUUCUAUUUUGAAUUACCAGAAAUUUCUUCUCUUUCAUCAGAAGAAGUUGACAUGAUGCGCUUGGAACUAGACGGAAUCAAAGUUCGUGGAUCUAAAUGCCCUGCUCCAGUUUUUAAGUGGUCUCAAUUCGGACUCCCAGUUCCAGUGAUGGAAGUGAUAAACAACCUUGGUUUUGAAAAACCUACAUCAAUUCAAGCUCAAUCAUUGCCCGCUAUUAUGUCUGGUCGCGAUGUUAUUGGCGUUGCUAAAACCGGAAGUGGUAAAACAAUGGCAUUUUUAUUGCCUCUUUUUCGUCAUAUUAAAGAUCAACGUCCCCUUGCAAAGCAUGAAGGUCCAAUGGCUCUGGUAAUGACUCCCACACGAGAGCUUGCAGUUCAGAUUUUUCGCGAGUGCAAACCUUUUCUUCGUGCACUGAAUCUUCGUGCUGUUUGCGCUUAUGGUGGAUCUCCAAUUAAAGAUCAAAUUGCUGACUUAAAACGAGGCGCAGAGAUCAUUGUUUGCACUCCAGGUCGUAUGAUUGAUUUACUCGCUGCAAAUUCAGGCCGUGUUACUAAUCUUCAAAGAGUAACAUAUCUUGUUUUGGACGAAGCUGAUCGUAUGUUUGAUAUGGGAUUUGAACCACAAAUUAUGAAAAUCAUAAACAACAUUCGACCAGAUCGCCAAACUGUUCUUUUUAGUGCAACUUUUCCUCGCCAAAUGGAAAUACUAGCAAGGAAAACUUUGUCCAAGGCAAUUGAAAUUAUUGUAGGGGCAAGAAGUGUUGUUGCCCCAGAGAUCAAACAGAUUGUCGAAGUUCGACCAGAGAGCACGAAAUUUGUGAGAUUACUGGAAAUAUUGGGUGAUUUUUACAGCGAUAGUUCUCAAGAUGCUCGUGCUUUGAUUUUUGUUGACAGACAAGAAGCCGCUGAUGCGUUACUUAAAGAUUUAUUAAUUCGUGGAUAUCCAAGUUUGUCCAUUCAUGGCGGCAAAGAGCAGAUUGAUCGCGACUCGGCAUUAAGUGAUUUUCGCAAGGGAGUUGUCAAUCUUCUUAUUGCUACUUCUGUAGCAGCACGAGGUCUUGAUGUAAAGCAACUAAGGCUAGUUGUUAAUUAUGAUGCCCCAAACCAUAUGGAGGAUUAUGUUCAUCGUGUUGGUCGAACGGGACGUGCAGGAAAUACUGGCACAGCUGUCACUUUUGUCACCCCAGAAGAAGAUCGUGCAGCUGCCAACAUUGUCAAGGCUCUCAAACUUUCUAACGCAGAAGUCCCUACAGAGUUACAAGCUAUGGCUGACGUUUUUAUGGCCAAGGUUAAGGCUGGGGAAGCCAAAUUUGGCUCUGGUUUCCGAGGGAAGGGGUUGGAGAAGCUUGAUGAAGCUCGAGAUACUGCACGGAAGCGCGAGCGCAAAGCGUUUGGUGAGGAUGAAGGAGAUGAGGAAAACGAAACAAGCAGGGCAGAAACUGUUGCUGCUGUUACGACGGCAGCAACUACUCAGGCUCACGGGUUUAAUAUUGGAGCUGUUAUUGUCAACAAGGGUCAUCAUGCGAGCACUGAAGAAAAAAUGCGAAAACAACAGGUGCUCAAAGUUGGUGCUGCUCCAGAUAACCGUGGUCCUGAGACUAGUGAAUUUCACGCAACUCUUGAAAUUAAUGAUUUCCCGCAGAAAGCACGCUGGGCUGUCACAAACAAUGCAAACAUUUGCAAAAUUAUUGAAGAAACGUCGACUUCAAUUACCACAAAGGGAAUAUUUUAUCCUGCGGGUAAGUCUCCAGCCGAAGGAGAGGAACCCAAGCUGUAUAUUUUAAUUGAAGGUCAGUCAGAUGUAUCGGUGUCCAAUGCUCAUAAAGCAUUAGUGGAUCUGUUGGUAUCCGGUAUAGAACAGGCCAAAAAUACAGAGACCCGCGGUCGUUAUACAGUUUGA